CUAUGCGACUAUGAAAAUGGGUCUAUGCGACCAAAAAAAAUUGGUGAAAUUGGUGACUGUUCCUGCAGCUGCGGCUCGCAUCGCCGCCGCUCUCGUACCUUACCUGCCAACUUCGCAAGAUAUUGACUCGGCUACACCGUCGCCAGGGGUGCCUGCUGCCUGCAUCAUCUCACAGCAGACACUGUCCAGGCUUUUGGGGCCUUGUUUUUUGCUGGCUCCUUUGCUUAAGCACUUUAAGGUACAGACGAUUAUUUUCUUAGCUAAGCUGAACAGCGCCUCGAGACUAAUUCCAUGGUUCUCAAGGCGCACUGCAGCUUCGCGGCGCAUUUGUAUUUAAAGAGACCAUCAACCAUGGUAGUGCAAAAUUUUCCUUGAUAUGGGUACGAGCCUACGAGGCUACAUACGGAGUACUAGGGUUAUGAGCGGCCGUCGGAACCGCC